GCCCUUGGCUUCAUUGUUGGGGAAGCUCUGCUCACCUCACCUUUGUUUUCCCUCCUCUUUAAAUCCUCCUUCUCCAUAUAAUUCCCUAGAUUUCCACAAAGGUUCCAUGACAGAACUUCAUACUGCUAAUUCACACCAGCAUGUAUAUAACUGAUACACUCCUUUAUUCCUCUCAAGGUAUUGCUGGAUAAACCAAAUGAAUUCAGGCAUAAAGAAAAGUGAACACAAAAAACAAAAACCCCAGUGAAUCCAGAGGAACAGAGCUCCAGAACUGGACGUGUCCUCCCAACAUGGCCUCCACCACCUCCCCUCUGCCGCCCACCACCGAGGUCGCAAGUUCUGAGAACAGCAGCUCCUUCUAUGACUAUGAGUACUACCUGGACCAGGUGGCUUUCAUGCUCUGCAGGAAGGACGAGGUGGUAGCCUUUGGCAAGAUCUUCCUGCCAAUCUUCUACAGCCUGAUCUUUGUGCUGGGUUUGGGCGGGAACCUCCUCCUUCUAGUGGUCUUGCUUCGGUAUAUACCUCGCAGGCGGAUGACUGAGGUCUAUCUGCUGAACCUGGCCAUCUCCAACCUCCUGUUUGUGGUGACACUGCCUUUCUGGGGCAUUUCCAUGGCCUGGCAUUGGGUCUUUGGGAGUUUCUUGUGCAAGAUGGUGAGCACCCUCUACACCAUCAACUUCUACAGUGGCAUCUUCUUCAUUAGCUGCAUGAGUCUGGACAAGUACCUGGAGAUCGUCCAUGCUCAGCCCCACCACAGGCUGAGAACCCGGGCCAAAAGCCUGCUCCUGGCUGCCUCGGUAUGGGCUGUGGCCCUGGCCGUCUCCAUCCCUGACAUGGUCUUUGUGCAGACACAUGAAAACCCCACGGGUGUAUGGAACUGCUAUGCAGAUUUUGGGGGUCAUGCGACCAUCUGGAAGCUCUUCCUCCGUUUCCAGCAGAACCUCCUAGGGUUUCUCCUUCCACUCCUUGUCAUGAUCUUCUUCUACUCCCGCAUUGGCUGCAUCCUGGUCAGGCUGAGGCCCCCGGGCCAGGGCCGGGCUCUAAGGAUCGUCACAGCGCUGGUGGUAGCCUUCUUCGUGCUGUGGUUCCCAUACAACCUCACCUUGUUUCUGCACUCACUGCUGGACCUGCAAAUCUUUGGGGAAUGCGAGGUUGCCAAGCAGCUAGACUAUGCUCUGCAGGUGACCGAGAGCAUCGCCUUCCUUCACUGCUGCUUCACCCCCAUUCUCUACUCUUUCUCCAGCCGCCACUUCCGCCAGUAUCUGAAAGCUUUCCUUGUCACUGUGCUCAGGCGUCACCAGGCACCUGGCCCAGCACAGGCCCCACUGUCCAGCUGCUCUGAGAGUAGCAGGCUCACUGCCCAAGAAGAAAUGACCGGCAUGAAUGACCUCGGGGAGAGGCUGGCUGAGCUCUCCCCCAGCAAGAGUGAUAUGGGGGAAAAUUAAACCUGAGUGACCAUACCACAGUCUGGCGAGUGUGGAUGGGACCUAGCUCUGUUGGGCAUCCACCCAAAGCCCUCUUUCCAGAGGCUUCAGGGACCAUGUUGCCACACCCUGUCGUCGUCCAGGAAACCAGACUCUCGUGCACGAAUUGCUAGAGUAGCUUCCCAACCAACUGCUGUGCUUCUGGUCAUCAUGCUCUCCUGUCAUCUGAUCUGCACCCACAGGCCAGAAUGAUCACCUCACCUGCAGCCAUCACUCCAGCCUUCAUCAAAGUAGCCCCAGGCUUGCCACCCACCAGUUGGCUCCCUUCCCUGGAGCUCAGCUGGGGACGUACUGCUGCAAUAUUGUUUAAUGUCACAGUGUUGAUGGUGGCUCCAAGGGUCCGGCAAGCAGGAGGGGUGGGAAGGGUUCCACUACGGGGGCCUGGGGGACUUCCCUGGAACGUGAGAGUUGGCAGGUGGGAGGCAGAGUGAACACGUGUUCCCAAUAGUCCAGGAGGAUCACCCUCUCUCUGCUUCCCAUGUCCCCUCCCUGGAGCCUUCGGGGGUCCCUAGGGCCUGCACAAUCAAGUCUAAAGUCUCUGUCCAGCUUCAAGACUGGAGCUUUCACAAGAAGAAUCCCAUUUACCAGCUUGACCUUAUACUCCUUCAUUACUUCUCAUUUCCUGGACACCAGGCACCCCU